GUCAGCAGCAGCAGCAGCUCCAGUCAGUAAAAAGACUUCAUCCUCCUCCUCCUCCUCCAUCUGCGCUGCUGCCUGCUCCCCUGAGGCAGAGUUAAAGUCCUGCCGGACUGAAACACCAUGGGGGGACUAGAUGCGCUCCGUCAGUUCACGUUGAUCAAAUGGCUGAGAGAGGAGCGACAGUCCAGGAAACUGAUUCUCUUCAUUGUUUUCGUCGCUUUGCUCCUGGACAACAUGUUGCUGACGGUGGUCGUUCCCAUCAUUCCCAGCUACCUGUACAACCUGGAUGAGUCUGCGGAUGUGGAGAUAAGGAACAGCAGCCUGUCGCCGCAGGCCCCCUCCGGCUCUUUCCACACCGUCGUGUCUUUGUACGACAACAGCGUCAGGUUAUCGGGCUCCAACUCCACCGUCAGCGCGGCUGACCCGGCCCGCCCCACCCCGGCCCACGCACCGCUUCCACGCAACUCCUCCGACUGCCCUCGGUCCACCAGCAGGCUGCUCAAUGAAAACGUCAAAGUUGGGAUGUUGUUUGCUUCCAAGGCCACUGUGCAGCUGCUCACCAACCCCUUCAUAGGGCCGCUGACCAACAGGAUUGGAUACCAACUUCCUAUAUUUGCUGGCUUCUGUAUUAUGUUUCUGUCUACCAUCAUGUUCGCCUUUUCAUCCAGUUACACUUUGCUGUUUCUGGCCAGAUCGCUUCAAGGUGUUGGCUCCUCCUGUUCAUCAGUGGCUGGUAUGGGGAUGCUGGCCAGUGUGUACACAGACGAUGAGGAGCGAGGUCACGCCAUCGGGAUCGCCUUGGGAGGUCUCGCUCUGGGAGUGUUAGUUGGGCCCCCGUUCGGCAGUGUGAUGUAUGACUUUGUUGGGAAAACAGCUCCAUUCCUAGUUCUAGCAUUCCUGGCACUCUUUGAUGGGGCUCUGCAGCUCUUUGUUCUUCAGCCUACCAAGGUGGAACCUGAGAGUCAGAAGGGAACGCCACUGUUCACGCUGAUGAAGGAUCCGUACAUUCUGAUCGCUGCUGGUGCCAUUUGUUUUGGAAACAUGGCAAUUGCCAUGAUGGAACCAACCCUGCCAAUCUGGAUGAUGGAGACCAUGUGUACCAGGAGGUGGCAACUAGGCAUCGCUUUCUUACCAGCCUCCAUCUCCUACCUUAUUGGAACCAACAUCUUUGGCUCGUUGGCUCACAAGAUGGGAAGAUGGCUUUGCGCUCUCAUUGGAAUGGUGGUGGUUGGCUUCAGUGUUAUUUGCGUUCCUUUUGCCAGAGACAUCUAUGGUCUUAUUCUUCCAAACUUUGGUGUUGGUUUUGCUAUUGGCAUGGUGGAUUCCUCCAUGAUGCCCAUAAUGGGUUACUUGGUGGACCUGAGACAUGUGUCCGUGUAUGGAAGUGUGUAUGCCAUUGCUGAUGUAGCUUUCUGCAUGGGAUUUGCUUUGGGUCCGUCCAUUGGAGGAUCCAUAGCUGAGAGCAUUGGCUUUCCUUGGCUGAUGACCAUCAUCGGAGUAGUGGACAUUUUCUUCGCUCCUCUCUGUCUCUUCCUUAAGAAUCCGCCUGGGCAAGAAGAGAAAAUUGCGAUCUUGAUGGACACAAAUUGUUCAAUGAAGACAAGGUCCUACACCACACAGGGGACGUACUACCAGGGCGACGACAUGGACCCAGAAUACGACGAUUAUGAUUAACAAGACGAAAGGCGGACAGCUGGACCCCCCUCAGAUUCUAUAUUUUGUUGUACAAAAAAAAUAAGAAAAUAGAAAAGAAACCCGGGGAAUGAAAUGAAGCAACACAGCCAAGAUAAUUCCAUGUCAAUGUUCCCGCAUUUGGUCGUCACUGUUCAGUGUUCUCUUCACAGUCGUUAUUGGAGGAAGCCAAAGUUGUUCUUAAUAUGUGCAUUUUGUGACAAGUGGUUUUAGCCAGCAGCCUUAUUCAGCGAGAUGUGUCAAAAAGCACUUUGCAGACAGGAAGGGCAGCGAGGACAGUCUCUCUGAAUCCAGAGCAUGUUCAUAUUUAAUGUUUUUUGCCCUUUGAGUUUAUGCGUGUCAACAUUACUGUCUAGAAAAUAUUAGCGGAACUUGAUGUCCGGGUUGUUAUAACUGCUAAGUGUGUGAUAUGUCAACAAGGGUAAGAAAAAUUUGUUACAUUUAUUUCAAAUCGAUGCAAAUAACUGUUUUUGGUGAAGUGCAAGGGGACAACAGUAGUGCUAAAAGUAAUUCAUUAUUUAAACCACGAAUGUUGGUUUUCAUUUGGCCACAUGUGUUCAGCUUUGAUUCCACAGAAUAUGACCAAAAGAAAGAUACAAAAUUCAUUUGAAAAAAAAAAAAAAAAACCCCAGCAAGUGCAAACAUCAAAACAUAAUGAAAAUCUGUAACAUUUUCAGUCCAGGACCUGUAUGGUUCUAAUGUAGGGUUAUUUGUUUUUUUCCUGCUUUUGUAUGUUGAAUUUUGGCAACACACAUUAAUGGUUAACAAAAGUAGCUGCUGUCCUGUUCUUUUUUUUUUUCUUUUUUUUUAAAGAAACAUAUCAAAUAGGAGUGUAAAAAUAUAUCCAGCUUGUGAGACUGUACACUGUACUGGGUUAGGACAAGGAGAAAAGAUUUUAACGAUAUUUUUGGGGAGACUAUUAAGCCCAAGUUUUUUUCCCGUUUGUUUUCACAAAUAAAGGUUUUACAAAUUCAUCUCUUUGAAAGAAUUCACAAUUAUUGUAGAGUAAUGCAAUACAAUCUUGACCAGCCCUCUGUUAACGAAUGCAAAAGUCCACAAAAGUGUGAAAUAACUUCAGUGAUAAUUACUGAAA